UGUGCUCUGGAAUAGGCCUAAUAAGUUUGACUGAGGUGGAGACUUGUUAUGUAACCGCAUCUACAUGCUUACGUAACGGGCCCUGGAUCUGCAGCGCCAACUAUACAGGCAUACAUCCAGUUGUGAAGCCUCUGCUUGCUAGCUAGGGCCAUACAUCAUUGCCGUCGCUCCCAACACGUCGCUAUUUGACAAUAUUCACCAAUCUCAGUAAGUAAUUUGAUGGGAAUGACCUUUUGAAAAACAAAAAUGGCGUCAACAUCUGAAGAGUCUGCAGCGACUCCUUUGCUGUCUGCUGGAAAGGGCAAUCUAGAUGAGAACAAAUCUCCACUCAAGAAGCAUGCUUUUAUUGCAUUCGUGAUUGCACUCCCAAGCAUUGCUCCAGGAAUGUGCCUUGGUUUCUCAGCAGAAACAUUGCCUCAACUUGAUCUGGGAGUGUCUGAUGCAGCUUGGUUUGCGAGCGUCAUAGCACUGAUGAUCCCGAUUGGCUACCUGCUGAGUAAACCAGUGAUGGAGAGAUUCGGGCGUCGAGUGGCCCUCCACACAGUCAGCGUGGUCGGCCUGCUAGGCUGGCUGAUGCUGUCCUUCCGACCCACCGACCCCACUACAGUCAAGCUCUACCUGGGACGCAUGCUCACUGGCGUGUCGGUUGGCUUGGCCAUGCUGCCAGCCGCCACCUACGCCAACGAGAGUCUCAAGGACGCCGUCGAACAGACCUCGAUCGUCACCUGGUCAACUGUAGCCCUAUGUUUCGGCAUUCUGGUCACCUACAUCUGCGGAGCUAUGAUUCCCUACUACCAGGUGGCCGGCGUGGCUGCCAUCAUCUCGGUGUUCUCCCUGCUCGCUGUGGCCAUCUUUGUGCCCGAGAGCCCAGCCUGGCUGCAGACCAAGGGUAGGCAAGGAGAUGCCGAGUGGGUGCAGAAACAGCUGGGAGCUUCCCAGGCUGGCUCCAGCACCGACCCAGAGCAAUCCUCGCCCAGCGCUCCCCCGGCACCAGCCGAGCCCCAACCAACCAGUCUCAAGGAAAUCAUGAAGGAGAUCGAAAAGCCAGAAGUGCACAAACCCCUUUUGAUAAUGUCAGCAUUCUUUUUCUUCCAGCAAUUUUCUGGUGUGUUUGUGUUCAUUGCCUACAUGGUUGACAUAGUGAGAAGCGCAGGAGUGAUCGCCUUGAACCCCUACUUUGUGACCGUGCUCAGCGGAGUCAUCAUAUUCGGGGCGUCAAUAGUGGCCAGCUUUGUCUACCCCAAGACCGGCGUACGAGCUCUGGCAACCCUUUCUGGUGCCGGCAUGUGCAUAACCAUGCUUUUCAUUGCUGUCUAUCUGUCUUUGAGACCUUACUUCUUCACAAGAGCUGAAUACUACUACCUAAGAUGGAUUCCACUGAUUGCUAUACUUGUGAAUAUCACGUCGAGCACUUUUGGAUUUCUGAUCUUGCCGUGGUCGAUGCUCGGAGAGGUGUUCCCGUUGAACGUGAAAGGAACAGCCGGCGCCAUAGCAACUACUCUCGGCUACAUCUUCUGCUUCAUUGCCAUCAUAUCGUUUCCCCAUCUAUGGCUUUCUAUGGGAAGUGAUGGAGUGUUUUACUUCUAUGGGUUCUCGGCCCUUCUCGGAACUCUAUUUGUGUACUAUUUCCUGCCAGAAACCCAUGGUAAAACACUGGAGGAAGUUCUGGACGGAUUCUCAAAAAAGAAAAAAGAACAAGUAUGAAGAAGUUGAGAGGUCCAAACUUGGGCAUUUCCCCUUUCCGAGUAUUUAUUCAGACCUUAUAACAUAAAUCAUUUAAAGGAUAGGUAAUGGUUUCUUAGGCGAGAUUCAACACUCAAGUAGAAGUGGAGAGCAGUAUUAACAACAAAUAUAUUCAUACACAUUCCAUUAUCCCUCUAGUCUUAAAAUAUUGAACCGCCUUGUUUUUCUACCUGGAGUGACAAGUUUUCUCAAAUCUAUUUGGAGGAAGAAUCUCAACAAAAAACACUUUCCCUCAUUUUUUACGAUAUAUUAUUCUGAGUAGAGAUUCGAUCUGUUAAAAUUUAGUUAGUAGAUUAAAGGAAUGCUAUAUUUUUUUUAUAUGAUGAAUAAUAAGCACCCCAAGAGGCAGAUAAAAGUGCAAGGAAAAUCUAGAUUCAGAA